AUGGAUUUCGACAGUCUUGCGAGAAGAGAUCUUCAGUUUUUCUGUAAGAAGAACAAAAUCCAAGCGAAUAUGACCAAUAUCGCCAUGGCUGAUGCUCUCAAAGCUCUUGAGAUUGUUGAAGGUAUUGAUGAGUAUCUGAAUCAAUCCGAGUCCACUUUUGACCAAUCUCCAACCAGUGUAGCGAAGAAUUUGCCGAGUGCUGCUCGUACUGCAGCCAGAACAACUCGAAGAAAGCCCACUAAAGAUGAAACUCAGUCAUCAGAAUUGGUGACUCGGUCUUGCUAUGUGACGAGCAAGUCCCUCGCUGGAGAAAUGGAGCAAGAAAACAGAAAUGCGAACCUGCUUCAGGAUCCAUCAGGACCUCAAAGCCGUAGAAGAGCAGCAGCUAACUCGGUUGCUAUGACGUUGGAGGUUACAGAUAUUGAGCCUGAAGCUAAUGUGAUCAAAACUCCAGCGGCGAGAAGCACGAGAAGGGCUCAGGCAGCUGCAUCUUCCAAGAAGGAAGAGUCGGUCCAGCGGGUGUACAGCACUAGAAGGUCAGUCAAAUUGUUAGAAGAAUACAUGGCUGACCUGAGUUUGAAGACUAAGGAAUCCAUAAAUGUACCGAAGAAGGACGAAGAUUCACCAGCAGGUUCCAAACUCGAGGCGAAAUCAGAUGGCAACUCUAAAAGAACCGAGGAGGCUGAAGUUAUCUCGGUGAGAGACUUAAACGAUUCGUUGGAGAAGGAAUGGGAUGGUUCGAAGAAUGAUCCAGAUCUUGAUAUAUUGUAUGGUGAUCUUGGCGAUAUCACUUUCUUUGAUGCAAACACCACUAAAGAACAACUGAAUGGAAUAGAGUCCAACACGGUUCCAGCUUCUGAUAGUUUUGUUCUAGUCCAAGGACAAGAAACAUCGCAGGAGGAUGAUUUUGUAGUUGUAGACCAUGCUGCUUUUACCACCAUGAACAUUGUGGCUUGCAACAAAGAAUCAGAGUCUGAACAAAUGAAGAAUGAUUCCGAAUCUGAUUCAGAGGAAACCGAGUAUGAAACUGAUCCAUGGGAGCAUAACGAUUCAGGAGUUGUUGAUGACUCAAACCAAGAGGCUUUUGAGUCUAAAGUCUCUACGAGUGAUGAUGUGAGUAAGGUAGACUCUGUCCCUACAGUUCUGGUUGCUGAUGAAUCGAAAGAACUCGACUCAGAAGAAAGCAGCGAGCCAGAGGAAGAAGAGAUUCGCAUGUCUGAUGAAUUCGUUGAUGAUAACGAAUCAGAGGUGUCUCAAGUUUCAGACAUGAAGAAGGCUCAAGCUUCUUCUCCGCCUCUUGCUGAGAAAGAUCACGAAUCAGACAGCGAUGAGUGGUCCGAUUUUGAGAUAGACGAGAUAGAUGAAAACAGUUUCGGAUCUGAAGAACUGGUUGAUUCUGAAUCGGAAGCGGCUCCUGUUUCAGACAAGAAGAAGACUCCAACUUGUCCAUUAGAAGCAGAAUCAAUGGCUCUUGUUGCAGACGACAACAAGAACAAGGAGAAUGUUGAGGAGAUGGUUCUUCUUAACAACAAUGGCGAGAGAAAAGCAGAGGCCGAGGCUGAGGCAAAGAAGAUCGAUGAAGAGAGACUUAAAGAUGUAAGCAUGAGGCAACUAACGAAGAUGGUGAAAGAACUUGCUCUUAAGAGCAAGAGCAGGCCACAACACAAGUACUUAGACUAG